GCUCAAUGCAAACCAGAGGCUUUGACGUGGCGUCGACUCCGGCGCGCCAGGCGUACCAGCUCCUCACGGGCGCCGUCGUGCCGCGCCCCAUUGCGUGGAUUAGCACCGUGAGCAAGGACGGCGUCACGAACCUCGCUCCUUUCUCGUUCUUCACGGUCGUGAGCUCGGACCCGCCAAUUGUGUCGUACACGCAGAUCUUCCCGACGCCGGGCACCGACAAAGACACGCUGACGAACCUCCGCGCGACGAACGAGUGCGUCAUCAACUUUGUGACGACCGAGCUCGGCGACCUCAUGAACGCGACGUCCAAAAACUACGCGCACGGCGAAAGCGAGAUCGACGCGCUCCAGAUCCCAACGAUUCGCAGCCAGCGCGUGGAUGUGCCGGGUGUGGCGGCGUCGCCGAUCCGAAUGGAGUGCUCGCUGCGGGACGUCCUCGCGAUCGGCAACGGCAAAGUCGUGCUCCUCAACGUAGUGCACUUUGAGAUUGCCGAGGCGGCGCUCACAGACAGCGGCCAAAUCGACAGCAACGUCUUCGCGUCGCUCGGCCGCAUGAGCCGCAACGACUACGUCGCCACAUCCAACCUCUUUGAGAUCGCGCGGCCAACGUCCUAAGUUGGAGUACAAGAAGAAGAUGCGAUCGCG